GGGCGCUCCCGCGGCCACGGCCGCUCCUGCCAAGAUGCCUCCUCUGCCGGGGUUGCUGCUAUGCUGCCUUGGAGCGGCAUUCGCUCUAGAUGCCUCCUUGUUGCCCCCCACUUACAACGGCACGGAGGAGGGCGCCCGCCUCUUCGCCGAGGACUACAACAGCACCGGGGAAAUAGUCUUCUUCGAAAGCGUCUCCGCCAGCUGGAAUUACAAUACCAACCUGACGGACUUUAACUCCCAGCAGCAGGUAGCAGCCUCUUUGAAGGAGCAAGAAUUCACAGAACUCUGGGGGAAGAAAGCAAAGGAGAGCUAUGGCCACAGCUGGCAAAACUUCAGUGAUCCUCAGCUGAGGAAAAUCAUCAGUUCCAUCCAAACCUUAGGACCUUCCAAUUUACCUGUGGAUAAGCGGAAACAGUAUAACACUAUCCUGAGUGAGAUGGACAGCAUCUACUCUACUGCCAAGGUGUGUCUUCCGAACCAAACCUCCAGCUGUUGGUCUCUAGAGCCAGAGAUCACAGACAUCAUGGCCACCUCGCGCAGUUACGGAAAACUUCUCUAUGCCUGGGAAGGGUGGCACAAUUCAGCUGGCAAUCCUCUGAGGCCCAAAUAUGAAGCAUUCGUUUCACUAAGCAAUGAGGCCUACAGGAUGGAUGGCUUCGAGGAUACUGGGGCGUACUGGCGUUCCUGGUAUGAUUCACCAACUUUCGAGGAUGAUCUGGAAGGACUCUAUCAUCAGCUGGAGCCACUCUACCUAAAUCUGCAUGCUUUUGUCCGGAGGAAACUGUAUGAGCAGUACGGCUCCAAAUACAUCAACCUGAAAGGCCCCAUUCCAGCUCACUUAUUGGGUAACAUGUGGGCUCAGCAGUGGAACAACGUUUAUGAUAUGAUGGUCCCUUUCCCAAACAAGCACAGCCUUGAUGUCACCAAUGCCAUGAAGGGCCAAAAUUGGAACGUAACACACAUGUUCCGGGUGGCGGAGGAGUUCUUCACCUCACUUGGCCUGCUUGGAAUGCCACCUGAGUUCUGGGAGAAGUCCAUGCUGGAGAAGCCAACUGAUGGGCGCGAGGUAGUAUGCCACGCCUCUGCCUGGGACUUCUACAACCGCAAGGACUUCAGGAUAAAGCAGUGCACAACUAUCACCAUGGAACAGCUCUUCACAGUGCAUCAUGAGAUGGGGCAUGUUGAAUACUACCUGCAAUAUAAAGACCAACCACUCACAUUCCGCAGUGGGGCCAACCCUGGAUUCCAUGAAGCAAUUGGGGAUGUGAUGAGCUUGUCUGUCUCCACCCCAGUUCACCUCAAGAAGAUUGGGUUGCUCAGCCAAGUCACUGAGGAUAGAGAGAGUGAUAUCAAUUUCCUCUUUAAAAUGGCCUUGGAGAAGAUUGCCUUCCUGCCCUUUGGCUACCUGAUAGAUCAGUGGCGAUGGAAUGUUUUCAGUGGGCGCACCCCUCCAAAUCGCUACAAUUAUGACUGGUGGUACUUGAGAACAAAAUACCAAGGGAUUUGUCCUCCUAUUCCAAGAACUGAAACAAACUUUGACCCUGGUGCUAAAUAUCACAUACCUGGGAACACACCUUAUAUCAGGUACUUUGUAAGCUUCAUUCUACAAUUCCAGUUCCACAAGGCCCUUUGCCAAGCUGCCAACCACAGUGGUUCUCUUCAUACCUGUGACAUCUACCAAUCAAAAGAAGCUGGACUGAAGCUCAGUAAGACAUUGAGAGCUGGAUCUUCACGACCCUGGCAGGAUAUUCUCCAGGAAUUGACUGGGACAAAUAAGAUGGAUGCUACAGCAUUGCUGGAAUAUUUCCAUCCUCUUACUGCAUGGUUGCAAGAGAAGAACAUGCAAGCCAAUGAAACACUGGGCUGGCCAGACUUUGAGUGGCGUCCCCCCAUCCCAGAGGGCUAUCCAGAAGGCCUUGAUAAGAUAACUGAUGAAGCAAUGGCUGAAACUUUCUUGGCAGAGUACAACAGCACAGCUGAAGUGGUGUGGAAUGCUUACACAGAGGCUUCUUGGACAUACAACAUCAAUAUCACAGACCAUAACAAACAGAUAAUGUUAGAAAAGAACUUGGAAAUGGCAAACCAUACCCUACACUAUGGCCACCAGGCUCGGAAAUAUGAUUUCACUGAUUUCAGGGACCCCAGCAUAAAGCGUAUCCUGAAGAAACUGAGUGACAUAGAGCGGGCGGCCCUGCCUGAACAGGAGCUGAAGGAGUAUAAUCAGAUCCUCUCAGAAAUGGAGACAAUUUACAGUGUAGCCAAAUUCUGCAGUGACGAGAAAGAUUGCAAGGCAUUGGAUCCUGAACUUACAGACACCAUGGCCCAAUCAAGAGACUAUGAUGAGCUCCUUCGCACCUGGAAAGGCUGGCGGGAUGCUUCAGGGGUGAAAAUUCGAAGCCUCUACACAAAAUAUGUACAACUGAGCAAUAAGGCUGCCAGACUGAACGGUCAUGCAGACAAUGGUGCUUUCUGGAGAUCUCUGUAUGAAAUGCCAAAUUUUGAAGUUGAUCUGGAGAACAUUUGGAAUCAGCUUCAAGAACUGUAUUUCCAUUUACAUGCCUAUGUGCGUCGGGCUCUCUACAAGAAGUAUGGCAAAGACCACAUCAAUCUCAGGGGCCCCAUUCCAGCUCACUUGUUAGGAAACAUGUGGGCACAGUCAUGGGCAAACAUUUUUGACCUUGUUAUGCCCUUCCCUAACGCUGCUAAAGUGGAUGCUACACCAGCCAUGAAACGCCAGGGAUGGACCCCAAAGAAGAUGUUUGAGCAGUCUGACAGUUUCUUCCAAUCACUGGGCCUGAUUCCUAUGCCACCUGAGUUCUGGGAGAAGUCCAUGCUGGAGAAGCCAGCCGAUGGAAGAGAAGUGGUGUGCCACGCCUCCGCCUGGGACUUCUACAACCGCAGGGACUUCAGGAUUAAGCAAUGCACUGUUGUGAACAUGGAUGAUCUAAUUACGGUUCAUCAUGAAAUGGGCCACGUCCAGUACUUUCUGCAGUACAAGGACCAGCCCAUUUCAUUUCGUGAUGGGGCUAACCCAGGAUUCCAUGAAGCCAUUGGAGAUGUCAUGGCUUUAUCAGUAGCCACUCCAAAGCACUUGUACAGCAUCAAGCUGCUAGAUCAGAUAGAAGACAAUGAAGAGAGUGACAUUAACUACUUGAUGAGCAUUGCACUGGAUAAAAUUGCUUUCCUGCCCUUUGGCUACUUGAUGGAUCAGUGGAGAUGGAAAGUAUUUGAUGGGCGCAUUCCAGAAGGAGAAUACAAUCAACAGUGGUGGAAUCUCAGAUUGAAAUACCAAGGUUUAUGUCCACCUGUGUCAAGAUCAGAAGCAGACUUUGAUCCAGGGGCAAAAUUUCAUAUCCCUGCCAAUGUGCCAUAUGUCAGGUACUUUGUCAGUUUUGUAAUCCAGUUCCAGUUCCACCAAGCCCUGUGCAAAGCUGCUGGCCAUACUGGACCUUUACACAAAUGUGAUAUUUACCAGUCCAAGGAAGCAGGAAGGAUCCUGGGGUAUCUUGUCCAUCCAACAACCAGUCUGGAGGGUUUGCAUCUUGUGUUGGGCCAGGAUUCCGCUGGUGGACCACCCACCCUGCCGCCCAUCAGUCUUCCUACCUGAGCAAACAGAAGUGGGCUCAGAUGUGAUGUUGGUCCUGGGAAACUUUAACAUGCAUGCUGAAGCUGCCCUAUCUGGGGCCAUUUAGGAUUGCAUGGCUGCCAUGACAACCAUUAGACUGUCCCUGCAUGUCAUUGAUCUGGCACAUGCAGCAGGGCAUACUCUAGACUUGGGCUUUUCAAACGGAUAUUAGUGUUGGGGACUUUGACUGGCCCUUUGUCAUGGUCAGAUCACUGCCUGCUGAGAUUUAGAGUGAUGGCAGCUUUUCCCCUCUGCAAGGGUGGGGAUCUAUUAAGAUAGUCUGCCCCCAGAGGCUAAUGGAUCUGAAUGGUUUUCAGAGGGUUCUGGGGGAUUUCCUGCCUGAUAUGGCUGGUGCUCCUACCAAAGCCCUGCCUGGAACACAUAAAUGGCCCAGGCAGUUGUCAAGAUUGUUCCUGAGCUCAUAUGGAGCCAACAGCAAUGAAACAAAUUAGGAGGUGGCUUGAACGCAGAUGAAGAAAAACUCCCAGUGGAUGCAAUCAAACUCUGGUGUGAGCUUAUAAUCAAGUGUAUUUGGAGGCAGUGAGUGUGCCAAAGAAAAACAUCUCUCUGUUCAUUUUUCCAUUUGCUGCCCAGUGGAACAUUUCAAGAUUGUCUGGGGUUUAUUACAUGCUGGCCCAAAGGACAUCCUAGAAUCUUCAGAAGCCUGCUCCAGUUCAUUUGCUGAUCACAUCUAGGAAAAAAUCCCUCGUAUCUGCCAGGACUUAGGCUCCAGAGUUAAUGCAGCUGCAUUUGUGGAGACAUUCAUGGUAAUGCAUUUAGUCCAUGGUAUUGGAUCUGGCCCAGCUUUUUGGGUUAAUUUCAGUAGGUACAGCUCAGUUUUGUGCAACCACCUCUGUACUGGAUUGUUGCCCCUCCCAGCUUAUAAAAGCCAGCAAGGAUGGAACAAGUGGCUGGACCAGGAAGGUGAUUAAUGCCACCUUGAGGAGAGAGUAGUUCCAGGCUGCCUUAAAGAGACCCCUCUGAAAAAGCCCUCCCUUGACUUGGCAGAUGUGAAUAACUUUAGGCAAGUAGCAAAUGUCUCUUUCCUGGGCAAGGUUCUUCAGGUGGUGAUUACCAAUCAAUUUCAUGCACUCUUUGAUGAGACUGAUUGUCUGGAUCCAUUUCAGUCAGGGGUCAGGCUGAUUUGGCAUAGAAACAGCCUUGUUCACCAUGUAAAAGGACCUAUGCUAGUAUAAAGAGAGGUGAGAAGUGACCCUGUUGAUACUCCUGAAACUCUCAGCAGCUCUCAGUACCAUCUACCAUGGUAUCCUCCUGGGGCAACUCUCUAGGCUGAG